AUGUUCCUCCUCGUCGGCCGCUCUUUCCCACGUCAGACCGCUUUCCUCGUCGCCCGCGCUUUCCCUCAUCACCCUCCCCGACCCUCUGGUCGCAUAUGUUCCCCUAGUCGCCCGCGCUUUCCCACGUCAACCACACAUCCCCUCGUCGCAAUUGCUGAUAGUAAACAUACCGCGCUUCAGAUCGUCACCCGCGCUCCCCUCAUCACCCUCGUCGACCCGCACCGAUCCUCGCCGCCCUCACCUCCCUUAGUCACCCACAUUCCCUCUCGUCGCUCGCGCUUCCCCUCAUCACCCUUGCCGACCCUCGCCGCCCUCGCCUCCCCUCGUCGCCCGCGCGUCCCGUCGUCGGGCUUGCCUCCCAGUCACUCGCGCUUCCCCUCGUCAUACGCGUUUCCAUCCGCUCUUCCCAUCUCACCAUCUCCAGCCCGCCCUUCCUCAUUCCUUCCGAAGGGGUGGGACAGAGGGGGAGGAACAGAUGGGGAGGAACAUAUGGGGAGGAACAGAUGGGGAGGAACAGAUGGGGAGGAACAGAUGGGGAGGAACAGAUGGGGAGGAACAGAUGGGGAGGAACAGAUGGGGAGGAACAGAGGUGGUCGCUUCCGCCACCACAAUCGAACAGCGUUUCGAUCCCCUCUCUGCUCCCCACCAUCCUCCCCCCAACUCUCUCCCCGGCAUCUGCCCCCGUUCCCCCCAUCCUCUUCCCUGUUUCCCCGUAUCCCCUGCCGUGCUUCCCCCCAUCAUAUCCCCUCUUACCCCGUAUCCCCUGCCCUGCUUCCCCCCAUCCCUUCCCUGCUUCCCCCCAUCCCCCUCCCUGUUUCCCCCCAUCCCCUUCCCUGCUUCCCCUCAUCCCCUUCCCUACUUCCCCCCAUCCCCUCCCCUGCUUCCCCCCAUCCCCCUCCCUGCUUCCCCCCAUCCCCCUCCCUGCUUCCCCCCAUCCCCUUCCCUGCUACUUCCCAUCCCUCCCCCUGCUUCCCCCCAUCCCCUUCCCUGCUUCCCCCCAUCACCUUCCCUGCUUCCCCCCAUCCCCUCCCCUGCUUCCCCCCAUCCUAUCCCCUCUUACCCCAUAUCCCCUGCCCUGCUUCCCCCCAUCCCUUCCCUGCUUCCCCCCAUCCCCCUCCAUGUUUCCCCCCAUCACCUUCCCUGCUUCCCCUCAUCCCCUUCCCUGCUUCCCCUCAUCCCCUUCCCUGCUUCCCCCCAUUCCCUCCCCUGCUUCCCCCCAUCCCCCUCCCUGCUUCCCCCCAUCCCCUUCCCUGCUACUUCCCAUCCCUCCCCCUGCUUCACCCCAUCCCCUCCCAUGCUUCCCCCCAUCCCCUUCCCUGCUUCCCCCCAUCACCUUCCCUGCUUCCCCCCAUCCCCUCCCCUGCUUCCCCCCAUCCUAUCCCCUCUUACCCCGUAUCCCCUGCCCUGCUUCCCCCCAUCCCUUCCCUGCUUCCCCCCAUCCCCCUCCCUGUUUCCCCCCAUCCCCUUCCCUGCUUCCCCUCAUCCCCUUCCCUGCUUCCCCCCAUCCCCUCCCCUGCUUCCCCCCAUCCCCCUCCCUGCUUCCCCCCAUCCCCCUCCCUGCUUCCCCUCAUCCCCUUCCCUGCUUCCCCCCAUCCCCUCCCCUGCUUCCCCCCAUCCCCCUCCCUGCUUCCCCCCAUCCCCUUCCCUGCUACUUCCCAUCCCUCCCCCUGCUUCUCCCCAUCCCCUUCCCUGCUUCCCCCCAUCCCCUGCCCUGCUUCCCCCCAUCCCCUUCCCUUCUUCCUCCCAUCCCCUUCCCUCCUUCCUCCCAUCCCCUUCCCUGCUUCCCCCCAUCCCCUUCCCUGCUUCCCCCCAUCCCCUUCCCUGCUUCCCCCCAUCCCCUCCCCUGCUUCCUCCCAUCACUCUCAUUCUCCUUCCUCCUGCACUCACUCUCUCACCCUCCUUCCCCUCACCCUCUCCCCUGUUCCCACCUGCCCUCCCCUUCCCUGCUUCCCCCCAUCCCCUCCCCUGCUUCCCCCCACCCCCCUCCCUGCUUCCCCCCAUCCCCUUCCCUGCUACUUCCCAUCCCUCCCCCUGCUUCCCCCCAUCCCCUUCCCUGCUUCCCCCCAUCCCCUGCCCUGCUUCCCCCCAUCCCCUUCCCUCCUUCCUCCCAUCCCCUUCCCUCCUUCCUCCCAUCCCCUUCCCUGCUUCCCCCCAUCCCCUUCCCUGCUUCCCCCCAUCCCCUUCCCUGCUUCCCCCCAUCCCCUCCCCUGCUGCCUCCCAUCACUCUCAUUCUCCUUCCUCCCGCACUCACUCUCUCAGUCCUCUCGCACUCUCUCUCUCUCCGUCCUCUCGCACUCGCACUCUCCUUCCCGCCACCCUCAGCCCUCCUUCCCCUCACCCUCUCCCCUGUUCCCACCUGCCCUCCCCAUCCCCGCCUUUCCCUCCCUGCCCUGCCCUUCCCUUCUCCAUCCCUUCUCAACCCUUCCCUUUCAUGUCAUGCCCUCCCCUUCCCCCUCACCUUCCGCCCUCUAG